AUGACUUAUGAACAAUUAUACAAAGAGUUCCAUUCCUCAAAGAGCUUCCAGCCAUUUAUCCACUUAGACACUCAACCAAAAUUUGCAAUUUGUGGUUUAAUCGUUACAUUAGCUGUAUUAUCAUCUGCCCUGUUCGCCGUCGGUUCUAAAUCUUCAUACAUUAAGAAACUCUUCUUCUACACAAUUUUAAGUGUAAUUGGCAGCUUGUUUGCUGGCUUGACCACUGUUUUUGCUUCGAAUUCUUUCGGUGUCUACGUCUAG